AUGUGGCACCCCAGAAACCCCGACCCGCAGGAGAGGCUGGAGACCACAACAGUUAUUCACGAGUCACUAAGAGGAUUCCGGCCUGAAAGAGAAGAGGGAUUGGGAAAUAAAGAGACUCAAGACAAAAGGUUCCGAUCAAGAGAAUGUGGAGUGGAAGGAGAAAACAGAUACCAGCAGACAAAAAUUGUUGCGUCCACUUGGGAUAAAAUAGGAAACGAACUGAGUGUUCAUUUUACGGUUAACAAGGAACCCGAAACAGAGAAAAUAAUAUUACAAUAUUGGAGCCUGCUGUGUGACAUCAUUGUAGCUACAAAUACUGAGGAAAUUGCCAAAGAAAUUGUCUGUGCUGCCAGAUCUCAUCUCGAGCAAGUUUCUCGUGAGUGCUCCAGGCCUGCUACCCGUUCGAAUUCUCUAUCCCAUCUCCCAUCUCCCUCCUCUUCAGCUCCCACUGCCACCGCGGCGGUGCCUGAGACUAUUAACCCUUCCCUCGCCUCUAUGCUACAAACUGCUCUCAAGGACCUUUCCGGCGUCUCGCGUCUUUAUCCCUCCCUAGCCUCAGCUCCACCCGAGCAACCCGAUCCGCCAGAUGCUCUAGCCCCAGGGGAAAAAGCAACUCUCUGCCAGGAUACUUCUGCUGCAAAACCUCCGCCUUACGCUGUUCCUGCCCCCCCAACAUCUGGUCCACGCACCCGUGCUCGGGUGCGGCAUGAACGCGAGGCUCAGGCGGCCGCCGAAGCAGCGGCUCAGGCUGCAGCUGAAGCCGCGGCUGAUUCGGGCUCUCAGCACUCAGAAUCGGAAGGAGAGGAAGCCCAACCCAGCAACAACAGACCUCCAGAGGGUGAGAUAAAUUUCCGUUACGAGGCAAUUAAUAAAAGGGACCUCAAUGAGCUGCUCCAGGCAGUUAAGAAUUACGGCGCCCAAGCCUCCUAUACUAUCUCUUGCCUUGAAUCACUGGGAAAUGGCGGUGCCCUCUUACCUUAUGAAUGGAAGCGUGUUGUCUCCAACGCGCUCCCACAUAAGCUUUACUUGCUCUGGGAGACUGACUUUUAUAAGACCUGUCGAGACCUAGCUCGGGGAGAUAAAACAUGCCGGCUUAUGCUUUCCGGCUCUCCCCCAUAUGAUUCUGCACAGCAGCAACGCUCAUUGCCCCUUUAUUAUCUAACAAACACAGGUUUUGCCGCUAUGAAAGCCUGGCGAGCUUUACCUAAGGAAGGCCAUGCGAACGCACCGCUUGGCCAAAUUACACAGAGACCAGAUGAACCCUAUAAUGCGUUCAUCAGUCACCUCCUAGAGGCCGUAGAGAGAAUUGCAGGCUCCUCUCCCUCUGAAAUGACAAAUACCUUGGUUAGACACCUUGCCUAUGAGAAUGCCAAUGCAUCUUGCAAAGCCCUCUUAAAGGGGCGCAUGGCUAACAAAACCAUUCAUGAUAUGAUUGAUCUUUGCCGUGAUGUUGAUCCCCUUGCCCACCGAGUUUCCCAUGCUAUGGCCGUCAUUCAAAACCAAUCCUCAGGCAAAGUCUGUUAUUCGUGUGGACAGGCUGGACAUUUUGUCUCUCAAUGCCCUCAGUGCUUAGCCCCUGUCAUGCAGACAGGUACAGCUAACCCCCGUCCUCCAUUUUGUCCACGCUGCCGCCGUGGCCACCAUUGGGUGGCGGAGUGCCAUGCCGCUAAAGACAUAGAUGGCAAUCCCCUGCAGCCUAACCACCGCCUUUUGGCUCAGGGAAACUCUGCCAGGGGCCGGCUCCGGGCCCCGCGCCGUCAAUUUCAACGCUUUGUUCGGCUUCGGAGCCCAGCCAGCCGGCCCAACCCAACCCAGCUCCCCAGGCAUAUUACCAGCAGCAACAGCAGCCUUGCCAGCAUCAGCCUCUAG